GCUACAAGAAUAGACAAUGUCAGAAUAUGAAUUUUCUUUAACUGGACAUUCUGUUGGAAGUCGACCUGCGUCUGGAUCUCCCAGAAGGCCAGGAAUCGGUGACAAUCUCAGUAAGUCGGAGGGACCCCAGAAAACACCAUAUAGACGAUCCAUAUAUCCAGAGUCGCGCAAUGUACAGCUAGAGGUCACUGCUAAGGCAUUGAAGAACAAGGAAGUGAAGAUCCAGUACUGGUCCCCCGAGGAGUCAUACACAGAUGUCAGUCAGCAAGGUGGAGACACUCGUCAAGUAAUAUCAAUGGAUCAGAAUUCCAAUGUCCAGGAGUCUGCUAGUCUUCAUUCAACAGUUCAAAGCAUGUCUGCAUCUCUCUUAUAUCCAGGAUGGAACAGCUUAGUAUCUGGUUAUGGUGGAGGAAAUAGGCGCACGGUCAUCUCGUCAUCCUCUGCAGCAGAUAAGGUGGUGAUUUCAUCACCAAAAAGAAUUGUAGUGAGUUCUCCAGACCAAAUAGACCAGUACCAGACUUAUAAGGAAGAGCACACUGCAGAUGAGGUGGGGAUCUUGUCACCAAAAAGUAUCCUAGUAAGUUAUCCAGACAAAGUAGAUCAGAACAAGACUCCUGGGAACCAUCACACGAAGUCAACAACAGGACUAACUCCUAGUGUCUCUGCUAUGACAGUAUCUGGUAAGCGUGACAUCAGUAAGAGUUAUCUCCCCUCAACACAGACAGACUCCAACAACAACAGCAGCAGUGCCCCAAGUUCUAUUGAUGCUCUGAGGACAAUCAAGGAGUUCUUUGUUGCCAGUCAACAGCAUGUUUUAGUCCUUAAGAAGAACCUUGUGGAUUAUGUUUCCUCAGAGAGCAGCGAGUCAUCAGAUGGAGAGCAGACAGAAUCAGUGCCAGACGUAGUUGUCUCCACUGGCCAUGCUGGUGUGAAGAGGAAGAAAAACAGUGAAGAGAGAGGACCAGCUAAAAAGAAGAGUGACAACAGUAAACUAGCACCCUCCACUUCUGGUUUUAUUGGGCCAAUAGACAUGAGGAGCGUUACAACAAGGAGUCUCGACUGUGCUUUAGAUGUACAAAGAUUGACGGAAAGUUUUGAAAGCAAGCAUUAUGGAAGGAAAACACAUGAAGGAAUAAUAAAUUACAAAGAAGAACAAAAUGUUUAUUCUCCUGAACGGAACUCUCAAAUCAUGCCAAAAUCUGUGGUCUCUUCAAAGUCUAAGAGUCCAAAAAUUUUAGGAAAGAAGUUUUCAAGAACCGUUAUAGGCACACCAACUUCACGUACCUCUCCGAGAUGUAAAGAUGGGAAGAAGUCACCCAGGCCAUCUGUUUCUGUAAAAUUAAAUGACAUUGUACAGACAAAGACAUCAGAAACAAUGUCUUACAGUGGGCAGAAGGUUUCUAUAGACAAAUUACCACGACCACCUAAUGGAGCAUCUUCAUUGGUAUCAUUUUCUUCUAUGUCUGAACAAUACUCCAGUAUUCAGAAGAAAGUCAUUGAUGUUCCCAGUGUGUCAAAACCAUCAACAGCAAAAUGGCAGCCUUUCUGGGCAAGCUGUGGAAGUUCUGCUAAUUCUCCUUUGAUGGGGAGACAGGAGUAUGAAGCAAAUGAGGAGGAGAAAUCAACCUUAAAAAGACACUUCAGAUCUGCAAGUGCCCCAGAAAAUAGGCACACAGAAUACUACACCAGCAUGGAAGUGUCAAACACACAGGAGAUGUCUAGUCUCUCAGGAGACUCCAAUAGCAUUACUGGUGCUAGUUUGUUACCUCAUCGAUUACGCUUCUAUCAACAUUCUAGACUCAGCUAUUCACCAAAGACCAGUGCAUUGUCAUACAACUGGAAGGAGAACUUUAAGAGAACUUGUAACAGUUAUGGUGAGCCUUACUUUGACUCCCACUGUCAUAUUGACUUCUUGUUCAGUCGUCAGAGGUUCUGUGGUUCAUGGAGUCGUUUUAAGGCAGUUAAUGAGGAGACAUUCCCAGACAACUUUGCAGGUUGUGUAGCUGUCUUCUGUAACCCUUUUACCUUUAAAGCAGAUGGGCUGUGGAAGGAUGUGUCAUACGAAGAAGAUGUGUGGCUGGCAUUUGGCUGCCAUCCAAAGAGUGCUACUGACUUCUCUCUACAGAGUUAUAAUGGAUUGAAAACCUGUCUACAACACCGUAAAGUAGUGGCUCUAGGAGAAAUAGGACUGGAUUACUCAGGAACAUUUAAACAACAUAUGGAUGUACAGAAGAUUGUGUUCCGGAGACAGAUACAGCUGGCUCUAGAGAUGGAGAAACCACUUGUCAUUCACUGCAGGGAUGCUGAAGAAGACUGUCUCCAGAUUCUAAAGGAGAUGGUACCUAAGAAUUAUAAAAUCCACUGUCACUGUUUUACUGGGGACUACACAGGAGCUACCCGAUGGAUUGAAGCCUUUCCUAGACUGUUUAUAGGCCUGACCCCAAUGGUGACCUACAGACAGUGUGUCCAGACCCACAAUGUUGCCCGCUAUAUUCCACUCAACAAACUGCUAUUAGAGACAGAUGCACCAUAUUUCUUGCCUAGAAAAAUUCCAAAAGAGGAGAUGGCAUUGUCCCACCCCGGUAUGGCCAUCACUGUAGCAGAGAGAGUGGCCUUCUUCCAGCAGUGUACGGUACAGCAAGUCCUCCAGGCCUGCAGGAACAACAUGAGGGAAAUGUACGGAAUCUAAAAGAAAAGGAUAUAGCAUGAUAAUCUCAAUUACUCAGAACAUAUGGAUCAAUCAGAAAUUAUUUAAAAACACAUGAGUUUUACAAGGACAAUGGAAUACCGUGAAAAAGCAUUUUAAAGAAAGUCUGGAAUAUGAAUUAGCUUGAAUAGUUAUGAAAUUGUUUUACAUCUUUUUGUCAUUGUUUGGUCUGCAUUAAAAGAACUUCAGCAAAGAUAUAUAGAAAACUUCAAUAUGAAUAAAUA